AUGAGUGACCGUAAAGCGGUGAUAAAGAAUGCUGAUAUGUCCGAGGAUAUGCAGCAGGAUGCGAUUGAUUGUGCCACACAAGCGCUUGAAAAAUAUAAUAUCGAGAAAGAUAUUGCUGCAUUUAUAAAGAAAGAAUUCGAUAAGAAAUACAAUCCGACUUGGCAUUGUAUCGUUGGACGUAAUUUUGGUUCAUAUGUGACACAUGAAACAAAGCAUUUUAUUUAUUUUUAUCUCGGACAAGUUGCGAUUCUCCUUUUUAAAAGUGGUUGA